AUGAAGAAACUCCCUGAUUUAAAAUUGCCUAUGUAUGUUAAACUAAAACAUAGGUAUGAGUUGGAUUUCAAUCUUCACAAACCAAAAUUACCUAGACUACCAUCUGUUGAUUUCGUUGUAGAAAGGAAACCACCACCAAAAGGUCCUGCAAAGAAAGCCACUACGACCAAAGAUGCAGUCGAAGAAGAACCCACAAAAAUAACAACAACAACAAAGGUAAGUCGAAAUCCACCACCAACACCAAAGAAACGAAAACUCAAGGAACCCCAGGUUCAAGUAGUCGAAUUAGAUUAUGGUAAUAUCUCGCCAGAUACCUCCAAACAAGCCAACAAGAAAAAGAGGCAGGCAAAGGCCUCUGAUUCCACUUCUCAACCAAAAGUUGUUGUCACCAAGGUUCAACCCAAAAAACCUGCUAUUCCAGAGGUGCUCGAGGUUGAUUCUGAGCCUGCUGCUAAGACUACUCAUGAAUGGCUCGAGAGUGAUAACUCCAGUCUCAGAGCUGAAGUUUCACCACCAAAAACUACCACCCAACAUUCUCGAACAAGUGACUCUGAUCGAGAUGAAGAAGAAGAACAUCCCAUAAUUGAAGUCCAGGAAGAUGUGAAUAUGCAAGAGGUGAAGGAAGAUGUCAAGGAGAAAUCAAAUGAUGCUUCGCCAGACAUUCUUGACCAAGUUGAAGAUGUCUCAAAUGACGAGGAAGAACAAGAUGAAGAUCUCUCUAUGUUUGACAUCCCUCCAGUUGAUGAUCAAAAUGAACAGGAAGAAGAUGACGAAUAG